AUGGCUUCAGGAGAAGGGUCUUCAGGAAAGGCACUACACUUUGAUGGAACAAAUUAUGCUUUUUGGAAGAACAGAAUGGAGACCUAUCUGGGGUCUCUUGGAUAUCAUGUUUGGGCUUCAGUGUUGAAUGAAUACAUCAUGACUGGUGUUGCAUCUACAGACAACCAAGAGAAGAAGAAAUAUGAAAACAACAGUAGAGCCAUGCAUGUAAUCAAAGGUGCUCUUAUUGACAGUGAGUUUGUAAAAAUGAUGGAAUGCAAGUCUGCCAAACAACUCUGGGAUAUGCUAAAAAGCAUCCAUGAAGGAGAUGCAAAAAUCAAAGAAGCUAAGCUCCAAGUUUAUAGAGCUCAGUUUGAAGGAUUGAAGAUGUUGAAUGAAGAAAACAUUGAAGAUUAUAUGCUUAGAGUCAAUGGGGUUGUAAAGUCCAUCAGAGGACUGGGAGAGAGUCUAAUAGACUCUGUUGUUGUGAAAAAAAUUCUUAGAUCUCUACCAGACAGACUUGAAUCCAAGGUUUCAGCUGUUGAGGAAGCUAAGGAUCUGGAAGUACUUAGCUUAGAUGAGCUACAUGGGAACUUUACAGCUUAUGAGAUGAGAAAAGGCAAAGGAAAGUCAGUUGACAAAGAUGCAGCAUUUAAGAGCAAUGACACAUCUGAGGAAGAAUCUGAAGAUGAAUCAGAUGAUGAUGUAGAUGAUCAUACCAUUUUUAUGGCGUUUGAAGAAAAAGAGGAUGAAUCACCAAAAACAUUCACAACUUCUGAAGAUGAAGAAGGAGAAGUGAACUUUAAAGAAGAGUUUAGAGCUGCUCUCAAAGAGCUCAAGAAAGAAAGAAAGAAGGUUAAACAAGUUUCACAAAAUCUUAAGGAACAAGAGCAAUCAGUUCUUCAGUUGAAAAAGCAAGCAGACGAAUCAAAAAAAAUUCUAGAAGAUCUUGAAGAGAAGUUAUCACAGAAAACUAUAGAAUGCACAAAGCUUGAGUCAGAAAAUCUAUCUCUGAAGGCUAAAUUGGAAGAAGAGACCAAUAUCCUAGUUGAAUAUUUUGAUUUCCAGAAGGAGAUUGAUGCUCUCAAGGCAAAGGUAGCAGAGUUUGAGAAUGACUCAAGUAUACAUGACAUAGAAACAUCUUCACAAGUGCAUCCUAGUAGCAAGAAGCUUGAUGAGAUCCUUAGUUCUCAAAGAUCAACUCACAACAAAUUCGGUCUUGGAUUUGUAGGAGAAUCAUCAAAGAGUGCCAAGGGAAAAGGAAAAGGCACAGCACAGAAUCCUAUUACUGUGAAGGAUAAGAGAGUUGAGAAAAAUCAAACUCCACCCCAUAAGACUAACCAUGCUAGACAACAACAAAUGGCAUGGCCAGGCAGGAGAGUAGAGAACUUUGAUUAUUACUAUCUUUCUCAACAGAAAGCUAGAAAUGUUGUUGAUCACAGGGCUUAG